AUGGCGGCCGCCGCUACUCGAAAAUGCAUUGGAGUCGACUGUGCCAAUGAUGCAGGCACCCUCCAAUGCCCAACCUGUCUCAAGAUGGGCACGGACAGCUUCUUCUGUUCGCAAGACUGUUUCAAGCGGAGCUGGAGCGAGCACAAGGCGAUUCAUAAAAAGAGUAAUCUCCUCACCAAUCUCUUCCCACCGAAGGUAGUUUCUGAACCAGAUCCAGCCACCGGCCACUUCAACCCAUUUCCGUCCUUUCAGUUCACCGGCUCUCUGAGACCCCUCUAUCCGCUUUCGCCCCGGCGCACGAUUCCCAAGUCCAUCCCCCACCCGGACUAUUCCCGCGAUGGCAUUCCGCACUCCGAGCAGAAGUUCGUGGGCCGGCACAACAUUACGAUUUUGAACAAGGAGGAACAAGAAGGCAUGAGGAAGGUCUGCCGUCUGGCUCGUGAAGUUUUGGAUAUUGCUGCCCGAGAGGCGAAGCCUGGUGUCACGACCGACUACAUCGACGAGGUGGUCCACAAGGCUUGCAUCGAGCGUGAGUCGUAUCCUUCACCACUGAACUAUGUGCACUUCCCGAAAUCCGUCUGUACCUCCGUCAACGAGACCAUCUGCCACGGCAUCCCGGACCAGCGACCACUCGAGGAUGGAGACAUCAUCAACAUCGACGUCACUUUGUACCACAAGGGCUUCCACGGCGAUCUUAACGAAACCUACUAUGUUGGCGACAAGGCUCGAGCGAACGCGGACGCCGUGCGGGUCGUGGAGACUUCGCGCGAAUGUUUGGACAAGUCUAUUGAACUGGUGAAACCCGGCAUGCUCUUCCGGGAUCCAGGAAACGUGAUCGAGAAACACGCCAAGGGGCGCAACUGCAGUGUCGUCAAGACCUACUGCGGCCACGGCAUCAAUCAGCUCUUCCACUGUGCACCCAACGUGCCGCACUACGGCAAGAACAAGGCUGUCGGUACCGCGAAGCCGGGCAUGUGCUUUACCAUUGAACCAAUGAUCAACAUCGGAACUCACCGGGAUCGCACAUGGCCGGACGACUGGACCAGCACAACGGCAGAUGGGUCACUGUCAGCCCAAUUUGAGCACACAUUGCUGGUGACUGAGGACGGUGUGGAGGUUCUGACGGCUCGACUGUCGGAUUCUCCAGGUGGGCCAGUGCCAAUGCCUUCGGAGCAGACAGCAAAUGGGAAUUAA